UGUCAGGUGUCAGUGGUUGUCAUUUGGACAUCUAUUUUGUUUCUCUUUCGAAAUUUUUGUAGUUUUUGUCAACAUUCAAGUUGAAAACUUUCAAAACUUUUGUGUAGUGUAAAAAAGCAGGCAAACCUAACUGAAACUUGUGAAUAUGUGGCUUCCCCUAUUUUCUCUCUAUAUUCUAAUAUCAUUAAAUAGUAUUACUUCAAUCGGAAUCGGUGAUUUAAAUGUACCACCGGAACAUGUAACAUAUGUUUUCAAUGCUUUCCCUAGUGUUGCCGAUGCUUGUCUAUCAGAUCCACAAUGUUCUUACAAAGAACUGGCAGAGUCUAAGAGGUGUUGGGGCUAUGAACAUAAUUGUAACAGAGAUAUUUCGUACCCGGUCCGUCCUGUUUGCCCUGGUGACCAUCGUGGUUGGGUGAAGACGAAGGAGGCUCAGUAUGAUACUUUCUACACUCAAGCUGAUUUUGGAUAUGUGAAAGAACAAAUAGAUGAUUUAAUGGUCAUGUGUGAAGCAACAUAUCCUGAUGACACUUCAUUGGAAUGCUCCAAAUAUUUAAGAUUUUGCCGAGGCAGGAACAUGAUGUUAAAUUUCACAGGCCUUAUUGGUCGUGGGGACAACUUGAGAUACAAGAUUGAUAUUCUAGGUCCUGGUCAAAUAGGUGGUUUCUGUAACUUUUAUUCCGAGAGACUGAAGAAGGAGGCAGACCACAUGAGUGCUUUACAGUCGUGGGCUCCUGAACUCAUACAUUUUGUCAAGACACCACAGAGACCAAUACCUGAUGGGAUGUGUGACAUAGUAAUAAAGAAACCCACAUAUAUAAUGAAAUUGGAUGCAACUGUUAACAUGUACCACCACUUCUGUGACUUCUUCAACUUGUAUGCGUCACUACAUGUGAAUUCAACUCAUCCUUCUACAUUCUCAAAGGAUAAUCACAUUUUGGUUUGGGAAACAUUUACAUAUGAAUCAGCUUUUAAAGAAACAUUUAAGGCGUUCACUGACAAUCCUAUUUGGGAUCUGAAAACAUUCAGAGGAAAAGUUGUGUGCUUCAAAAAUGUUGUAUUGCCGCUCUUACCUAGAAUGAUCUUUGGAUUAUUUUACAACACUCCUUUGGUAAGAUUUUUGUUAUAA